UUUGGUGAGUUUUAUCCGGGUUGAGUUUGACACAGUGACACGUCCGAGGAUAGUGAAUAUAUAAAUCGAAAGUUCUAGAUAGUUGUCUUUUGACUCUUUCUUUUCUUUCUAACAAGCACCGCCUCCACUAAUGGCUAUGAGAUCGUGGGUGAGUCGAGGAUCCGUGACUCGUUUGAUGGACUCAGCAAAUCGAGGGGCUUUCAGUCGCUUCUUCAGCGACAAGGGUCGCGUUCUCAGCGAGGAGGAACAGGCCAAAGAAAACGUCUACAUCCAGAAAUGGGAGAGGGAGAGGUUGGAGAAACAGAAGCAACAGGCUGAGAAGACCAAGGCAGACAAGGGCAAAGAUGCUGCUGCUGAUAAGAAACCUGAAGGUUCUCAAAAGGGCUGAGUUUAUCCUUCACACAACCCGGCAAGGUCACUUUGUGGGAAAUAAGCAUGAUGGAGAAUAAAACACAUUGACCCUUAGUGAACUUUGGUCUUUGUAUAGAUUGUGUUUCUUGUUUAUUUGUAGUUUCUUGACGGAUGAAACCAGGUCAUUGCAUCCACCAAACUUGGUACGUUUAUUAUGAACUUGUCAUGUAAUCCCUUCCAGUAAUUGUUCACUUUUGUGAGUUGUCGGUGCCAAAACUAAUCAGUAUGUUUCGAUUAAGGAAAAAAUGGGAAAGUUAAUAUAAGUUUCGUCGUGGAUGAAUUCA